UUUCUACGUGACUUUCGACUUCACUUACACUAUAUAGACUUCGUAUACAAGUAGACGAACUACAUCUGGCAUAGAAGAUCUGGUAUAUUUGAUCUCGCGAUCAUGACCAAGAGCAACACAACAAGUUUUCUCAUCACACCAUGCCCACCACUGGAAACCUACUUCUUUGCUUUCGUCCACGACAACUYUUACAGCUAUUUUAUGAUUAUCAUGAUAAUAUUGAACGGAAUCAUCGCUHUUUUAUCAUUUGGGAGCAACUUCCUGGUGAUUUAUACCAUCGCGUUCACUAAAUCUCUUAAAACGCCUUCGAAUAUACUUAUUCUUGGCCUCGCUGUGUCGGACUUUGGWGUUAGUCUAGUAUCACAGCCUUCUUUCUGCGCUGUGAGAGCWUCCGAGCUUCAACUCAACGUAUCCCAGUUUUGCUCAUAUGGACAAGUCUUCCAAGGAAGUAUAUGGAUGCUUGCAGUUGUAUCGUUUUUUACAUAUACGGCAAUAACUACUGAAAGGUUUAUAGCAAUACAGUUACACUUGAGAUAUAAACAAAUCAUUACGACCAGAAAGAUUGCAAUUGUACUCAUAGUAAUAUGGACGAUCUGCUCAACCGUCCCUGUCAUCAGGUUUAGGCUCAUGAGCCAGGCUAUCUUAAUAGCAACAACUGUAAUAUUCAUUGGUUUUAUYAUUCUCAACAUCUUCUUCAUUGUUAGGAUAGCGCUCGUUAUUCGUCGACAUUCGGCUCAAAUUUWYAUCCAACAACAGUCUGCGCAACAUAACAUGAACAUGCCAAGGUUCAAGAARUCCGUGAACACYAUGUACYAYGUGAUCGGCGUUUAUAUUCUCUGUUACGUUCCUUUUAUGUUAUCUCUACUGAUUCAAGGCACUCUGGGACAGGUUGAGUAUCAGAAGUCGAAGAGCUUAUUUUGUAUUCAAGUUCUUGCAAUAACUCUGGUGAUGAGCAACGGCGUUAUAAACCCCAUAAUAUACUACUGGCGUAUACGAGACUUGCGUACAGGUACCGUACGGUUACUAAGAAAAGUGUGGUUGCGUUGUAAAACAACUCAAAAACACAGUAGUGAGCCCACGGUACGUCAUAGUUCUGGGAGACAGCGGAAUCACGACGUAAAUCAGAAGUCAAAUGAGCAAUGUGAACAAAAAUGACACGACUUUAAACGAAUGUGAUUUUUAUAUCUAUWGACCACAUAAUGUGCAGCUCGUAUCAAGUUAGUGACUCAAAGAAAGACACGAGCUGUUGUCGUACGGGCAAAGACAAGAUGGCGGUCAAGAAACACGGCACCGAAAACAAUGCGCGGUA